UUAAUAAGUUUUUGCAUAUAAGUGUCUCAAUGCAGGGAUAUAUUAGGUAGGGAUAUAUUUGCUUUUUUAAAUCAGUAUUUCUUCAAUAAUUCUUUGAAAUCAAUUUUCAGCACAAGGAGCGAACAUCGUAAAUUACAACAUAGUCAAUUCCAAUGGAGUGAAGAUCGGCUCGCGCACGAGCUACAUAUGCAAUGUAAAUCAGUACCCGGCGAGCAAUAACGCGACAGCACAAUCCGAGACAGCUUCGAAACCCAAGUACCGGUCGAUGCCCGAGAACGUGGAGGAACUGAGCACGUGUGAGGAAGAGCUCGGGUUCGAUGAAAUGCUCGUUAUUAAGACACACGUUGGGCACGGAUGGCGGGAUGUCGCAAGGAGACUCUCGUAUUCAGACGGCCAGAUCGACCAAUUCGAGGAAAAUUACAGGCACAAGGGUAUCGACGAGGUAAUCUAUCAGUUACUGCUUGACUGGAAGCAAGCCAAUACACGGGAUGCUCAACUUGGCACAUUAGUUAACAUAUUGUGGUCUUGUCAGGAGUAUGACUGCGUCGAGCGAUUAGUUGCAAUUCGCAAGAAUCCGUCUUAAUUGGACGCGACACAUAAAAAUUCCUACACUUGUACAUACAUACAUACAUUUACGUAAACAAUUGUGAUUUUUUUUACUCGAAGUAACAUUUUUAUAUACAUUUUAUUUUAUAUAUAACGUGCAGACGUAUCUUAAAAGACACGGUAUACCAAUUGCAAAUAUUGUUUACAUUUGCCUAAUGUGUCAGAUUGACCGAAAAAAUAUUGUUGAUUGGAUUAAUUCGCAUUUGGCAUACGGUUUAGCAUUGUAUGUUGAAAUCGCAAUGAGUCUGCACUUCAAGGGCGAACAUGAUCUGGUUAAUAAUACGAGGACAUGAACAAACGCAUCUAUAGCCUCAUUUCGCGAUAUACAUGUCUACACAUAAUAUUAUAACGUGUAUGUAUAUAUGCAUUUCUUUUUAUAUUCAUCUCUAAUCCAUUUUGUAAAAUUUGGUAAGAGAAUAAACAUGUAAUUCAUCAAAUAUUA